AAGAUUUACCAUUUAGGGUCAUUAUAGGUGGCAUGCAAAUUUUUGUGAAGACUUUGACUGGAAAGACUAUAACUUUGGAGGUGGAAUCCUCAGAUACCAUUGAUAAUGUGAAAACCAAGAUCCAGGACAAGGAGGGUAUUCCCCCAGACCAGCAGAGGCUUAUUUUUGCCGGGAAGCAGCUUGAAGAUGGAAGAACCCUUGCUGAUUACAACAUUCAGAAGGAAUCCACUCUGCACUUGGUUCUACGUCUUCGUGGGGGGAUGCAAAUCUUUGUUAAGACUUUAACUGGGAAGACCAUAACUUUGGAGGUUGAAAGUUCUGAUACCAUCGAUAAUGUGAAGGCAAAGAUCCAGGACAAAGAGGGCAUCCCACCGGACCAGCAGAGGCUUAUCUUUGCUGGGAAGCAGCUUGAUGAUGGACGUACCCUUGCUGAUUAUAAUAUCCAGAAGGAAUCUACUCUUCACUUGGUUUUGCGGCUUCGUGGUGGUAUGCAAAUAUUUGUGAAGACCCUAACGGGGAAGACUAUCACAUUGGAGGUGGAAAGUUCUGAUACAAUUGAUAAUGUGAAAGCGAAGAUCCAGGACAAGGAGGGUAUUCUCCCAGAUCAGCAGCGACUUAUUUUUGCUGGCAAGCAAUUGGAUGAUGGUCGUACAUUGGCAGAUUACAAUAUUCAGAAGGAAUCGACCCUUCAUCUUGUCCUUCGCCUUCGUGGUGGCUUUUAAGCUUUGAGUAAUAGGUGGUCUGUAGCUAGAAAAGUUACUUUGUUUUGUUGGUAAUAGGUGGUCUGUAGCUAGUAUAUAUUGUUGCAAUGUUUGAAUUUGAAUGUGUUGAAGUUCUAUGUAGUGUGGGAAUGUUGAACUUUUUAUUUGAGUAAUGUCAUGCUUGUAUUAUUUUAAAUAAAAUCGGAUUGCCUC